ACUUCCGGCGGGGCGGAGGAGGCGGGAGAGGGAAAGGCUGGAAGACGAGCCUGCAGGAUGUUUCCUCAGUGAGAGGAAGGCAUUUGCGCAAUGGCAGUUUUUGAUACUCCUGAAGAGGCCUUCGGCGUCUUACGUCCUGUCUGUGUUCAGCUCACAAAGACCCAGACGGUGGAGAACGUGGAGGAGCUGCGGGCACAGUUACAGACCGUGAGUGACUCUGCUCUUCAGGAACUUCAGCAGUACAUCCUCUUCCCUUUACGAUUUGCCCUGAAGACCCCGGGUCCCAAAAGGGAGCGCUUGACCCAGAGCGUGAUAGAGUGCCUCACCUUUGUCCUCUCCUCAACAUGUGUGAAGGAACAGGAACUUCUCCAGGAACUCUUUUCAGAGCUCUCCAGUUGUCUGUAUUCUCCCAACUCCCAAAAACCUGCCCCUGUGUCAGAGGAGUUGAAAUUGGCUGUGAUCCAAGGCCUCAUCACAUUGAUGCACUCAGCUUACGGGGACAUCGUUCUGACUUUUUAUGAGCCCUCUGUUCUACCUCGUUUAGGAUUUGCAGUAUCUUUACUGUUAGGCCUAGCAGAAAAGGAGAAAUCAAAGCAAAUUAAAAUUGCUGCUUUAAAAUGUUUACAGGUUCUACUCUUUCAGUGUGAUUGUGACGACCAUCCGAGGUGCUUGGAUGAGUUUGAGCAAAAGCACCUGGGGGACUUGUUUGCUUCUUUUUUACCUGGAAUCUCAACUACACUGACCAGGAUCAUCACAGGAGACUUUAAACAAGGGCACAGCAUUGUCGUAUCUUCCCUAAAGAUCUUUUACAAGACAGUGGGCUUUGUCAUGGCUGAUGAACAGCUCAGAAGAAUCUCAAAGGUGCAAGCAAAGCCUACAGUGGAGCACGGAGUAGCAGAGCUGAUGGUUCACAGGGAAGCUGAUUGGGUAAAAAAUACUGGUGACAAGUUGACCAUCCUUAUUAAAAAAAUAAUUGAGUGUGUUUCAGUUCACUCACACUGGAAGGUGAGGCUGGAGCUGAUAAAACUUGUCGAGGCCCUUCUUUUGAAGUGCAGUCAGUCACUGGUCGAAUCAGCUGGCCUCCUUCUGAAGACGUUAGUGGGUCUCCUAAAUGAUGAGAGUCCUGAAGUCCAAGGCCAGUGCAGUAAAGUUCUGAGACAUUUUGCGGAGCAGGAGGUAGUGGUGGGCAGCAGAGCCUUUGCUGACAUCUUGUCAGAAAACCUGCAUUCCCUUGCCACCUCUCUUCCACGUCUGAUGAACUCCCAAGAUGAUCAGGGCAAAUUCUCUACUCUUUCCUUGUUACUCGGUUACCUGAAACUCUUGGGCCCCAAAGUGAACUUUGUCCUCAAUUCUGUGGCCCAUCUCCAGCGCCUUUCCAAAGCCCUUAUCCAAGUUCUAGAAUUAGAUGUGGCUGACGUCAAAAUUGUUGAAGAGCGGCGUUGGAACUCUGACCAUCUGAGUGCUUCUCCAAAGACCUUAGCCGCGCGGCCAUCAAGUCAAAUCCAGAGGAGGUAUUUCCGCUUCUUCACUGAUGAGAGGGUUUUCCUGCUUUUGCGGCAGGUCUGUCAGCUUCUUGGUUUUUACGGGAACCUCUAUUUGCUUGUCGAUCACUUUAUGGACCUGUACCACGAAUCUGUGGUUUACCGAAAACAAGCUGCCAUGGUCCUUAAUGAGCUGGUUGCAGGGGCUGCUGGGCUGGAAGUGGAAAAUCUUCAUGAAAAUCAUAUUAAAACAAGCCCAGAGGAACUGAGAGAGAUCGUGGCAUCUCUCCUUGAAGAAUACACAAGCCAAGAAAACUGGUAUUUGGUCACUUGUAUCGAAGCUGAAGAAAUGGAAGAGGAGCUAACAGUGAAGCAGUCAGGCCUUCAGGCCAUCACAUCUGGUGCACACACCUGCCAAGUUACAUCUUUUCCAGCCUUCUCAAAGCCAAGUCCCACGAUUUGCUCCAUGAACAGCAACAUCUGGCAAAUAUGCAUCCAGUUGGAAGGGAUUGGCCACUUUGCAUAUGCACUAGGAACAGAUUUCCGAUUGCUCUUGAUGUCAGCCCUCUAUCCAGUCCUGGAGAAGGCUGGAGACCAAACCCUGCUCAUUAGCCAGGCAGCCACCAGCACCAUGAUGGACAUUUGUCAUGCUUGUGGCUACGACUCCCUGCAGCACCUGAUCAAUCAAAAUUCAGACUAUUUGGUGAAUGGGAUCUCCUUAAAUCUGCGUCACCUGUCUCUCCACCCCCACACCCCAAAGGUCUUAGAAGUCAUGCUGCGGAACUCCGAUGCUAGCCUGCUUCCUUUGGUGGCAGAUGUGGUUCAAGAUGUCUUGGCUGCCCUUGAUCAAUUUUAUGAUAAGAGAGCUACUUCCUUUGUCAGUGUUCUGCAUGCCCUGCUGGCAGCAUUAGCCCAGUGGUUCCCAGACACAAGUGAUCUUGGGCAACUCCAAGAGCAGAGUGUAGGGGAGGAGGGAAGUCAUUUGAGCAAGAGACCAGCAACUCUUCAAAAAGGACUUGCGAAUACCACCACAGCCGAAGACAUCGAACAAUUUUUGCUUAACUACCUCAAGGAAAAGGAUGUGGCCGAUGGAAAUGUCUCAGAUUUUGAUGAGGAAGAGGAGCAGUCAGGCUCUCCCAAAGCGGAUGAGGAUGACACCGGGCCCGAUGUGAAGCCGCCACUGCCAUUGCAGAUCCAAGUAGCCACAGACGUGAUGGAGCGGUGCAUCCACUUGUUGUCAGAUAAAAAUCUGAUAAUCCGCUUGAAGGUCUUGGAUGUGCUGGAUCUGUGUGUGGAAGUUCUGCAGUCCCAGAAAGACCAGCUCCUUCCCUUGGCUCACCGGGCCUGGCCUGCACUCGUACGCCGACUCACAGAUGAUGACCCUCUGGCAGUGCUCAGAGCCUUUAAGGUUCUGCGUACCCUGGGAGACAAGUGUGGCGAUUUUCUCCGCAGCCGGUUCUGCAAAGAUGUCCUGCCAAAGCUGGUCGGCUCCUUAGUCACGCAGGCUCCCAUCAGUGCCCGGGCUGGGCCAAUUUACUCCCACACACUGGCCUUCAAGUUGCAGCUGGCUGUCUUGCAGGGCCUGGGCCCCCUCUGCGAGAGACUGGACCUAGGUGAGGGUGACCUGAAUAAAGUGGCUGACGCCUGCUUGAUUUACCUCAGUGCCAAACAGCCUGUGAAAUUACAAGAGGCUGCCAGGAGGGUUUUCCUCCACCUGAUGAAGGUAGACCCGGACUCCACCUGGUUCCUCCUGCACGAACUUUACUGCCCUGAGCAGUUCAUACCCCCCCAUCCCUCCCUGUACCCGGUGCAUCUGCGCGGGGCCCCAGGGCAGCAGAACCCGUACACGGCCAGUGUGCUCCUCCUGCUCCGGGAGCUGCAGGGAGCUGCGCCGGGCCCCCCUCCCCUGCCCGUGGGCAGGAGCUGACCGCACUGGGCCAGCCAAAGGCGGUGGCAGCCGCAGAGAAGACUGCGAAGGUGGAUUAGACAGCCGAUCGAUUUAUAAAUUGAUCGAUCACACAACUGCUUAGAAAUUGGAUUGAAGGAAAGUAGCUGACUGUUAUUUACAUUUCAUACCUGGUGUUUUCAGAUGACAUUGUCUGGGAGCUCUUAAGGGCUUAACUCCUUAGCUUACUAUCUCUGAGGCCCCAGCUGCCUCACAGAGCAAACGCCCGCCCUCCCGCCGCCCCUCCCACACACACACACCAGAGAGCUUAAGGGCACGGCGGGCGGAGGCCUGUGCUGCGCACCGAGGGCCCGAGGACCACGGGGCGGCAUCGCUUCCAGGCGUCCUCAGAACACAGCUCAGCAUCGCAGACACGCCUCCCUCGCCUCGAAUAAUGAAGUGGAACUAACUCUUUGCACUUCACCUGUUCUUGGAAGAGAAUGAAAUAAAGACACUUCUUGGAUGAAAAGAA